GUGAAAGAAAACGUAAGGCAGCUGAGGGAAUGUGCUUCUUAAACCUAGCGAGGAUCCAUCCUCCAUUGCCGCUGCAGUGCCAUCCUGCCAUGGCUGUGGCGUCCGCCCUUGCGCUCCUCCUCGCGCCCCGGCCCGUCCCGGCGAGGCCCACAUCACCUCAUCUCCAAUCCCGCCGCCUCGCUCUUCCUCCUCCCCGACCGGCCACCCUCUCCGCCCCAGCCGCCACCUACCCGCGCAAGGCCGGGCGCCUCCAGCAGCUCAACGCCGCCUCCUGCUGCAGCAAUUCCGCUCCGGCUGCAGGCACCGCUGGAGGAAGCGCUACUGGCGUAAAGGAUUGGCGGUUCUUCUUGGCAUGGUACUUGAUGUCUCUCGAUAAGAACCCGAUUGCAACUAAGGCGGUCACUUCUGCUGUCCUAACACUGGCCGGGGACCUCAUCUGCCAGCUUGUAAUUGAUCGAGUUCCAGCACUUGAUUUAAGGAGAACAUUUGUAUUCACAUUUUUGGGACUUGCCCUCGUGGGGCCAACUUUACAUGUCUGGUACCUUUAUUUGAGUAAAUUAGUGACAAUCAGCGGAGCAUCAGGUGCCAUUGCUCGCCUUUUACUUGAUCAGUUCAUUUUCUCUCCCAUUUUCAUCGGCAUUUUUAUGAGCUUACUAGUCACCUUGGAGGGAAAGCCCUCUCUUGUAGUGCCACAGCUUAAGCAGGAGUGGUUAUCAUCAGUGUUGGCAAAUUGGCAAUUAUGGAUACCGUUUCAGUUUCUGAAUUUUUACUUUGUUCCUCAGAAGUUUCAGGUGCUUGCUGCUAAUUUUGUAGCCCUUGCAUGGAACGUGAUUUUGUCAUUUAAGGCUCACAAGGAGGUUAUUGUGAAAUAGUGUAUUUAGGUGGUGAUGAGGAAUGUAGCGGCCGACCAGAGCGAUUAUUGGGUCCUGGGAGAGAUGAAGGCAGGUUACUGGUGUAGGAAAAUGUUAGAUUGUAAAUUGUGGUGCCGGAGGGCGGCGUUCUGAUCAAAGUUGAAACUGAAUAUAGUAUCAUGGUGAUGACAUGUUUCUAUGUAUACUAUAUCCUGGAGGAUCCUCCUUGUAGGUGUGUUGUGAACUUGUGAUGGAGCCAUGGCCGGGCAGUGUUGCCUCCAAGGAAGUAGAUAGAUUUUCGGUGCU